GCUGUGAAGAAUAUUUGUGAUCUCAAUUAUUAUGAUUCGUUUAUUAGAAAAUCAAAAUUAGGUAAUCCGUGCAAGAUUAACACGAUCAAAGGAAAAGGAUGGAUAUGUGACGGAACAAGUGGAGGUGGAGGCGAGAAGGUUAAGACGGAAUGGACUAAUAAAGCUUGUAUGCCUGGACGAACACAAGUAUUAUGCUUAGGAUUUAUGGGAAACAAAGAACAUAGUAAUUAUUAUCAUGAUGCUUCUUCUGUGAUCGAUAGUAGCCAAAAACUUUUAACUGAAUUAAUUUACGCUGCAAAUGUUGAAGGCCAAAAUUUAAAAAACCAUUUCGCAUCAUGUCAUCAAGGAAGUGGAGGUAACAACCUUUGUAAUGCUUUGAAAUACAGUUUUUCCGAUCUUGGAGAUAUUGUUCGCGGACGAAGUAUAUGGGAAAAUGGUUAUACUCAAAAUAUGGAAAACAAUUUAAGGGCAAUAUUCCACAACAUAUAUAAUAAU